AUGGGUGAGGAAGAGGCAGAAUGUGGCUUUGUGUUGCUGCUGAUGGCGAUAUACUGGAUAACAGAGGUGAUUCCACUGUCCAUGACCGCCAUGCUCCCCGCCAUCCUCUUCCCCCUGUGUGGCAUCAUGUCGUCCUCCAAUGUGAGUCAAUCAGAUUCUCAGGAGAUCUUCACCGGGGUCGUUUUUGUGGGGAUGGUUUUGUUGUGGUUGACCAGAUCUCCAGGUUUUAUACCCGGCUGGGCUUCCCUCUUCCCUCAUAAAUCCAACUACAUCACAGAUGCCACUGUGGCUCUGGUGCUGGGCGUCCUCCUCUUCAUCGUACCUGCUCACGGACCCUCCAGAAAAUAUGAGUCAAUGAUUUCCUGGAAAGAGUUUCAGGCCUCCAUGCCGUGGCAAGUUGCCCUGAUGGUUAGUGGAGGCUUUGCCCUCGCUAAAGGUGCAGAGGAGUCAGGUCUGUCUUUAUGGCUGGCCAGGCUGAUGACACCUCUGGGUGACCUCCCGGUCUUAGCCACAGUCACAGUGGCCUGCCUCCUUACCACCACACUGACAGAGGUGGCCAGCAACGCCGCCACCAUCACCAUCUUCCUCCCCAUCCUCUCUCCUCUGGCCGAGGCCAUACACGUCAACCCUUUGUACAUCCUGAUCCCCGCCACCCUGUGCACAUCCUUCUCCUUCCUCCUGCCAGUGUCCAAC